AUCGUACUUUUUUGGAUAUUUUUAUACCCGGUGAACUCGAGUUUACCAUGGCAACGUGAGAAUACGUUUGUGUCAUUUCUGCAGAAAUGAAGGAGUUCUAGAGACUGUCUUUGCUUGGAUGGCAUCAUAGUUGGACUGCACUCCGUCGAGUCAAUAGACUCCCUCCCCCUGCCAUAGAUUUGCUCUGUAAUUCAUAUGGGUAGACUGCCUCUACUCAUAAGCGUCUGACCCUACCUCCCGUCAAACUAAGUCGCUCUUUCGUCUCCCACUUAGCUGUGACAGCCAACCUCCAAUGUGCUCAGUCAGUGGCUAUCGAGAGCGGUCGUUAUUGCACCUGCUUCGGUAGUGGUCGUUGGGUAGCAUCCAUCCGGUACGCACGAGAAGACUCUGUGAGAGACUAAACUUUAAAGAUCCGAAGAGUUCGUUUAACGUCAUGGACGUAAGGCUGCAUCUGAAGCAAAUUGUUUUUCUGUGUUUUAUUAGCCUGCUUCUGACGCCUUGUGGAUUAGCCUGUGGUCCUGGUAGAGGUUAUGGAAAACGAAGACACCCAAAGAAAUUAACCCCGUUGGCUUACAAGCAAUUUAUUCCUAACGUUGCCGAGAAAACGCUUGGGGCCAGCGGCAAAUACGAAGGCAAAAUCACAAGGAAUUCAGAGAGAUUUAAAGAGUUGAUUCCGAAUUAUAAUCCCGAUAUCAUCUUUAAAGACGAGGAAAACACAAACGCUGACAGACUGAUGACCAAGCGGUGUAAGGAUAAGUUAAAUUCGUUGGCGAUAUCCGUCAUGAACCAGUGGCCGGGUGUGAAACUGCGCGUCACUGAAGGCUGGGAUGAGGAUGGUCACCAUUUCGAGGAAUCUUUGCACUACGAGGGACGGGCGGUGGACAUCACUACCUCGGACAGAGAUAAAAGCAAGUAUGGGAUGCUAUCUAGGCUUGCAGUGGAGGCAGGAUUCGACUGGGUCUAUUACGAAUCCAAAGCCCACAUACACUGCUCUGUCAAAGCAGAAAAUUCAGUCGCUGCUAAAUCCGGGGGAUGCUUUCCUGGAUCAGGUACGGCGACACUCGCAGACGGGAGGAGGAAACACAUCAAAGACCUUAAAGUGGGCGACCGGGUUUUAGCGGCUGACGAGGAGGGAAAUGUCAUAUUAAGCGACUUCAUUAUGUUCAUGGACCACGAUCCGACAACGAGAAGGCAAUUCAUCGUCAUCGAGACGUCAGAGCCUUUUACAAAGCUCACCCUCACAGCCGCGCACCUAGUCUUCACUGGAAACGCGUCAUCUAGUUCGGGUAUGACAGUAACAUUUGCCAGCAACGUGAAGCCUGGAGAUACGGUUUUAGUGUCGGAAGGUACAAGCAAGAGCCUCAAGAGCGUUACAGUGAUGAGGAGUUACACUGAAGAGCACAAGGGCUCUUACGCGCCGGUCACCGCUCACGGAACCAUAAUAGUGGAUCAGGUGCUGGCUUCGUGUUACGCGGUUAUUGAGAGUCACAAAUGGGCGCACUGGGCUUUUGCACCGGUCAGGUUAAGUCACAAGCUGACGACGUGGCUUUUUCCAGCUCGUGACUCAAACGUCACUUUUCAAGAGGACGGCAUCCACUGGUACUCAAAUCUGCUGUUUCACAUCGGCUCUUGGCUGCUGGACAGAGACUCUUUCCAUCCACUCGGGAUUUCACACUUAAGUUGAGACUGCAACUACAGUAUAACUUUGUGGGCAUCAGACUCAAAUGUAGCCUAUCUUUAUUUUCUGUAAGAAAAGCCUUAAAGUGUUCAUUGAUUAAUUUAUUUGUAUUGGAUCAUCUGUCUCUGGAAACGUACCGAUUCAAGCAUGAUAUGACCGUUUUUGCGCAUUUUUAUGAAACCUACAAGAGAUUAUACAAAAUAAUAGAAAGCAAUGAAUUUACAGGGCUGUACGUGCAACCGACUGUUCUAUUUUAUUGGAUAAGCAUAGGAUGGCGAUCAAAAUUUAUAUUUUUAUACACAGAUUUGUAUAUUAGAUUUUUGACGGAUCUAAAAGUAUUUCCAGAACCUUAUUUCUUAAGUGCUAUAGUGUUAAAUUUAUUUAAACAGUUGCGAUGUAUCAACGAACUGUUCAUGUCAUUAUGUCGAGUAUGUCAAGUGUCAUUGUUUUGACCACUGUUCCAACGUUUGUGUAUUCACUACACUAACACUUUUUGUUUAAAUGUACAUUUUUUGACAAAAGUACUCAAAAUAAAUAGUGCUAUAAGUAUCUUAACAGUUUCAAGUAAAAACCCUGAUCACCAAUUUCAAAGUUCCUGUUCUGGUAACAAUUACUUUGCAGUACAUGAUAACAGAAAUCUCAUAUCACAACAAAUUAUGUUUAUUAUGCUUGAUGAUGCUGUGAUGCUUUUAAUGUCCACAGUAAGAGUAUCUCACAGCUGAUGUAGUGCGCCAUCUACUGGUCUUUAUGGCUCUGUCAGACUGUGUGCUCCAGGUUUCCUUGUGACCAAAGACAACAUCUGUGCACCUUUUUCUCUAAACUCCUACAGAAACAGAGAAAGAUUAUCCUUGAGUUUAAAAUGUUUUGUAUUUACAUUUUUUAACCCAACAUCUCUUCAACAUGAAUUAUAACAUAGCUAAAUUAAAUCUUUACAUUGACUCAACUUUCACUAUAUGAAAAGCAACAUGCUAAUGCUGAUCAGUAGCUAAAAUACAAAUAGAACCCUGUGCAUUACAAGAAUAAAGAAGUUAAUUUAAACGUUCUUCUCUAUGUAACCUUUGACAUGAUUGUUAGUGUAUUUCCAUGGCAGUUGUUAAGUUAUGGGGAGCACUAAGUAUAUGCCUCACAAAAAAAAUCAAUAAUUUUACAGUGUUUCAGUAGUCAAAUCAAGCUCAACAUGAGUGAAACAUAUUUCUGAAAGACUUGAAAAGUCUUGGAAGAAAAAAAAUUCUUAGUGAGGAAAGAAACACUGGAGUUUUAACUGCAAAGAUUGGUAAAGUACUGAUAACAUGCGAGGCAUGAUGUAGAUGAUUCAGAGGCCAUUCAAUUCAUUCUACAAGAGCUUAUGUAGAGAUGUAGAAUAGCUCAUUCAAGUAAAGCUCUAAAAUAAUUGAAAGCAACGAAGCUCAACUUUGGCACAAGUUCAAGCAGCGACUAGCUCAAUAACACUGCCCACCUGAGUCAGUUAAUCCAUCAGACUUCAAUCAGACACCAGGCACAAAACCUGUGAUGAAUGAUGCAGACAGGCUGGGAGAUACACUGGUAUGCUGAUCUUUUUCCCUCAACAUUUAACUCAAACACAACAUUGGUGGUGGUGGGGAGGGGGACUCAAAUUGCUUAAUGAGAAAAGUAAGUAACAUUUAGAGAGUGUUGCGACAAGGAUUGAAAUUCCACUCACAUUCUGCUUUUGAGGAGGGAGCGGUGUUGACUCUGUGUGGUUGAGACUUGCUGGAAGACACAAAAGGAGCUGCGUGGAGACAGAGGGAUGACCUUGGGCCCGGCCCAGGUACAAAAGCACUGCUAAAGAAACAUUCCAGGGGACCGGGAAAACAAACUAGCCCCUAAUCCUCUCUCUAUCCCACAGUCUGCCGGAUUAGAGCAGGGCCACUCUCUGCAAAUGUUGACAUUCCCUAACACAAGAUGUUAGCGUCUUGGAAAAUAUUUCAGAAUGAAACGUCUGUUGCAAGCAAAAGACGGCACACAAUAGAUGAGGCGGUCUUGUUGUAUCUAAGAAGCAGUGAACCACAUAUUCUUUCAGUGGUCUGUGUGAUU